AUGUCGCAAGAACUCACCUUCGCAGAAGUAGCAAAGCACUCAUCCAAGAAGGACCUCUACAUCGUCGUCCACGACAAAGUCUACAAUGCCUCAUCCUUCGUCGACGAGCACCCCGGAGGUGAAGAAGUCAUGCUCGAUGUCGGCGGCCAAGACGCCACCGAAGCCUUUGAAGAUGUCGGCCACAGCGACGAAGCACGAGAGAUCCUCGACGGGCUAUUAAUCGGCGAUCUCAAGCGUGUUGAGGGCGACCCGCCGAAGAAGAAUAUCGGUGGUACCGAUAAGAUUGCUGCUGGUCCGGGAAAGAGCUCUGGCGGCGAUACUGGUUUUGGGGUUGCGCUCUACGCUGUUCUUCUCGUGGGUGGGUUGUUGGCUUUUGGCGCUUACCAGUACAUGUCGGCUUCGGAUAAGAAAUAG